AGAGAGGGAGGGAGGGAGAGAGACACAGGAGGGAGCUUGAGAAACAGAGAGGAUAGCUAGAAAGAGCUGGAGAGAGGGAGGGAGGGAGAGAUGGUCUCCAAGGAGCAGAAGAGAGCAAGUUUGCAUGAGAAGCUGCAGAUUCUACGAACUCUUACUCACUCUCAAGCGGCAAAUAAAAGAUCGAUAAUCGCAGAUGCAUCGACAUACAUCAAAGAUCUGAAGCAGAAAAUUUCAAAGCUGAAUCAAGAGAUAGCUUGCACGCAAAACACCACUUCUCCUACUCUUUGUGAAGAACCCUCGCAGUUGGUGAGUGUUGAGGUCGUCGAGAAGGGUUUCCUCAUCAGCGUGUUCACAAAUAAGAACAGCCCAGGACUCCUUGCCGCCAUUCUUGAAGCCUUCGAUGUGUUAGGCCUCACUGUUCUUGAGGCUAGGGCUUCGUGUGCCGGUUCAUUUAGACUCCAAGCAGUUGGGGGAGAGGAUGAAGGUGAGGAAGUGAUCGAUGCACAAGCGGUGGAGCAAGCAGUAAUGCAAGCCAUCAGGAGCUAUCCUGGAAAUUAGGAAGCAUAGAUGGCAUGCAUAGUUGAUGGGGUUUGGACUUAUCCGAAGGCCACCUAGUCGUAGUACUAUGAGAAACCAUCCAUAAAUGUCUAAGUAUUCUCGGCGUACGCUGCUAUCCUAAUUUUUUCCUCGUUUUUUCCCCGUUUGUCCAUGAGAGGAAGCCAUGCAUUAUUUUUCUCGCCAGCCAGGAGAAUUUGAGCAAUGUACUUGUGCGCAAGCUAGCGGCCCAUCUGAUCUGAUGAAAAAUGUUGAUAUAUGUGCAUGGCUAUUUUGUUACAUUGACUCGAGGCCUCAA